GAAAGGUUCGUCCUGGCGACUCGAAGGACCCCGUCGAAGGACCAUUGUGGAAGGCAAGACGCGAAUAAUGCUCGGUGCAGAGCUAACUUUGGAGGGAGCCAAAUUUAGUGUCUCCGCUCGCUCGGCAUUCCCCCCACCCAUCUGGCCAAUGGCGUGCGGGCCACGUCAUGGGGCUUGGCUCGCUACUUGAGCCCCGCGCGCUCGGCAACCCUGGGCCUCUACCGCUGCUUUCUGCUCUCGCGUUCGGGUCGCACAGCUUCGUCGCAGACAUGGGUGACUCGGUGAAGGAAAAGAAGAAGAAGAGCAAGAAGGCGGCUGAGGCCGAUGAAGCAGCUCCCGCGGCAGCUCCCGCGGAAGCCCCCGCUGCGGCUCCGGCCGCCGCCCCUGCGGCGGCACCGGCGGCCAAGAGCUCGACCAAGAAGCGAGCGCAGCGUAGUAGCUCCAACGUGUUCGCCAUGUUCACGCAGCACCAGGUUCAGGAGUUCAAGGAAGCCUUCCAGAUGAUCGACCAGGACAAGGACGGCUUUAUCAGCAAAGCCGACAUCCGCGCCACCUUUGACUCCCUGGGCAGGCUCACCAACGACAGCGAGCUCGAGUCGAUGAUCUCCGAGGCUCCAGGCCCCAUCAACUUCACCAUGUUCCUCACCAUCUUCGGUGACCGCAUCACGGGCGUCGACGACGAGGAGGUCAUCGUAAAUGCCUUCAGCAUGUUCGAUCAGGGCAACGGCUUCUGCACCGAGGAGAGGCUCCGGCAGAUGCUGUGUACUUUUGGCGAGAAGCUGACCGACCAGGAGGCCAACGACGCGUUCGCCGAGGCGCCUAUAAACUCCGAGGGCAAGGUGGACCUCAAGAAGUUUGCCUCGAUCUUAACCAAGGGCGUGGAGGAGGAACAGGGAGCGUGAGGUGGAAUGGCGUCAUCGGACCCUGAACUCCACUCCAGGGCUGCAGCCGUACACAUCGUCCAGCUGGAACAAUAAAAGAGAGACUUUUGGAGACGAACUUGCGCGCAUUGAGCAAUGCUUUGCCCAUCCUUCGUGUGGGCGGUGGCUGCUGGAUGCUGGAGGGCGCCCUCAUCUGCGACGCUCGAUGUGCUGAAUGCCAUGCAGACAAUGCAUCCUGUAGUAGGUCAACCAGCCUAGGAAAGCGUCCCGUAUAUUCCUUUUCCUGAGGCUUAGAAUAAAGAAACUGCAUUUUGAA